UUCUGAUGUGCAAUAAUUCUCUCUCUCAAGAUCUUCAAUUUAAGCCACAAGCUGCUUUCAUUUCGCCUCCAUUUAGCUUUAAAACAGGUAGUAGAAGAAGAAAAAGAAGAAGAAGAAGCCGAGCACAGCCAUGGAUGUGGGUCAGAUGCAGAGAAGGCUGGUUGACUACACCAAGUCCUUGUUUAAGGAAGGUUUUUUGGACGGUCAGUUCUUACAGCUUCAGCAACUUCAGGACGAGAGCAACCCAGAUUUUGUUGUUGAAGUUGUUUCUCUCUUCUUUGAAGAUUCUGAAAGACUCCUCAAUGAUCUCACAAUGGCUUUAGAUCAGCCAGCUAUGGAUUUCAAACGGGUAGAUGCCCAUGUUCAUCAAUUGAAAGGUAGCAGCUCCAGCAUAGGUGCACAGAGAGUUAAAAAUGCCUGCAUUAAUUUCCGCAACUUCUGUGAGGAACAGAACAUUGAGGCGUGCCAUAGUUGUCUGCAGCAAGUGAAACAGGAAUACUACCUUGUGAAGAACAAGCUGGAAAAUCUGUUCAGGCUUGAGCAGCAAAUUCUGGCUGCCGGUGGAUCAAUUCCGAUGAUGGAGUUCUUCUGAGCCUAUGAAUGAAUGUGAAUGUGAAUGUGAAUGUGAAGAGAGAAGGGUGGUUUGAAACUGGGAAUAUGAUUUGUAGAGUAGCAUCUUCAUGGUUUAUAAGGUUCUGUUUUCUUCUACUAAUGAGCUUGUUGGUUGUAUUAGUUUUCAAGUUCAAUGAAAAAAAGGGAGAGAGUUUUUUCUCCAGAAAUUUUUCUUCAAA